CUGUUUUGAAAAAUAGUGGGACAUGUGAUGAAAUUUUUGAUGAUCGUCAGUGGAUUUUCAGUAAUUAUUAUUACCGAAAAUUUUUUGCGGGUAUCGAUGGCGCAUUGGCUAUUCCAUUUAAUCCUGAUAAUAUAAAGACUUUUGGCAAUAUUGAAGAAAAAAUUUUGUCACGUACACGACCUAAACAAUGGGGCAAAAUUGAACUUGGCCGUAUUUGUUAUCAGAUUUCAAGUACUUCUAAAGCAGAUCACUAUGAUUUAAAGUCUGAUGUUGCUAUUAUGGCAUUUGUUGCUGAGAUAAAGUGUAAAAAAAAUUUACAAUUAUGUGUUUAUCAAGAACCAAAAAAUAAAAAUACACACAAUCGCUUAAAUGAGGAUGAAGAAUCAAACCAAUUAAAUAAAAGAAUUCGUACACUUGAAACAGAUUCAAAUACUCUAAACACUUUAAAUACUAUUAAAAAAAAUAUUUACAAUAAUCUUCUAGCUUGUUCUAUACAUAUUCAAGGAUGUUUAAUUUCAGAGGAUGGUGCUGAUGAAAGAACUCCUCCAAAUUCACCAUUGUUUGAUAAAUCUAAAUAUCGAUACCCAACAUCAAAUCAUCCUUUAAAAAAUGUUAUUACAUUACCUAUAUUGCCUAUAGAAAUUACAUCAAUACUUCGAUCUGUUACAGUUCAUACCAAAAAAAAAUCACUAUUCAAAGCAAAUAUUCAUAUUACAAAAGAUAUGACUUUUCAAGACUUGCUUACUUUUAUAUUUCCUAGUGGUCCGCCGAAUGGAAAACGAUUUGUUAUUAAAUCUUCAUUAGAAUUAGAUGGAAAAAGUUUUUUACCUGAUCAAAUAAUGAGUCAAAUAUUUGUAGAAGAACAUGCACAUAUUUGGAUAGAAAUUGAAGAUACUGAAAUUAGAUUCGAUGAUUUGUUUGAUUAG